CAACUGUAGAACAAAGUUAGCGCUCAAACCGGAAUCCGAUCCUGACACGACUGGCCCCUGGAUUGGACCUGCUCAGGUUGACAGCGGUUACCUUGCAAAGAUGCCACUAAGCAGAAUCUACCCCGACAGCGAAGACUCCCCUUUCAGAGUGGAUGUGGUUGCCGUCCACGGCUUGAACCCGCGCGGUAAGGAGGCCGAACACCAUGCUUUGGGCACCUGGACCGCUCCCGACGGCCAUCUGUGGCUGCGCGACGAUCUCCCAAAGAUCCUACCCGAAGCUCGAAUCUUCAUAUACCAGUACGACGCUGCCGUCGUGUACGGCUCGGACAGAACCACGUUCCUCGACAAGGCCAAUGACCUCCUUGAGCAGAUCCGAUGCGAACGAAACAAGGCCACGGAACGCCUUCCCAUCAUCUUCGUGGGACACAGCAUGGGCGGGUUGCUGAUCAAGCAGGCCCUUAUCAAUGCGCAACAAAACCAGAAAUACACAUCGAUCAAGGAGGCAACCACGGGCCUGGCAUUCUUUGCAACUCCCCAUUUCGGGGGAAAGGCGAUGCUCGUCAGCACUGGAAAGGCUGCAGCUGAUAUCGCCCACGGCCUUGGGUUCAGAAAAGGGGACAGGAUCCUUGAAAUCCUUGAUGAAGGCAGUACCUGCAGUGAUAUCAUGCGGGAGGGCUUCAGACACCAGCAGGACGAGUAUCAGAUCGUUUCCUUCUGGGGGUCAAGAGAUAGCGUUGUGCAACGGGACAGUUCAAGAUUGGGCUUGCCAGGACACUGGGAGAACAUCGUUUCUCUCGAUGCCGACCAUACUCAGGUUUGCAAAUUUGGGCAGAGCCAAAGCGAGAGGAACAAGUUCAAAGUUGUCAGGAGAAACAUGGAGGAUCUGUAUGACUUUGCUAUCAAAAAAUGUGAGUUGCUACACCAACUCUCGAGGCCCGACUUGGAAGCUGUGCGCCUGGGUGAUGAGAAUCUCGCGCAGCGCAUGGCUAGUCUCCAAAGAGGCGUGUAGGUUCUCAGCAAUAAAUUGAUCGUUCAAGUGCACAGAUCAGAC